GGAGUCUAAGCAGAGUCUCCAUGAGGUUAAAAAGAAGAAAUAAGCAGCCGUGAGGUGGGUGGGGCAGAGGACAGGAAAUAGUUGAUGAAGAAGCGCAACCCCUCUGUGCAGCUGUAUGAGAGAGGAAGUAGAGGAAGGGAGAGUACAGAGUACAGAGAGAGAGAGAGUCAUUGACAGCGAGGCUGGUGGAGCUGUACGAGUUAAACAUCUGAGCUGCUGACAUGAGUCUGUCUUCUCGCUGUCAAAACAACAGCAGCGCUCCCACGCGUGACAUGUCAGCAAACAACCAACCCAGCAAGAAGCAACACAGAAAGUGUUGUGAGUGCAGUUCCUCGCUGUCCCACUGGUAUUAUGAAAAGGAUGGACAGCUCUUCUGCAAGAAGGACUACUGGGCCAAAUUUGGGGAGCUGUGCCACGGCUGCAACGACCCGAUCAACACCGGCCUCAUCAUGGUCGCAGGGGAACAGAAAUAUCACCCAGAAUGCUUCACUUGUCUGAACUGCAGGGCGUUCAUCGGUGACGGAGACACAUACGCUCUGGUGGAGAGAUCCAAACUCUACUGUGGCCACUGUUACUACCAGACCAUUGUCACUCCGGUGUCACUGCCGGACUCGCCAUGCUCACGAAUCCCUCACACCGUCACACUCGUGUCCAUCCCAGGCUCAGCAGAGGGCAACAACGGGCGCAGAGGCCGAGGUUUCUCUGUUGCCAUCGACCAACCGCUCAGCCCGACCAAUGGCUACAGCCCUGAACAUGGACACACUGUCAGAGUCUCCCAGGUGGACGCAGACUGCAUCAGUCCAGAUGUGAAAAACUCCAUUCAUGUUGGAGAUAGGAUCCUUGAGAUCAACGGGACGCCCAUUCACAAUGUCCCUCUGGAUGAGAUCGACCUGCUGAUCCAGGAGACGAGCCGGCUGCUACAGCUCACCAUCGAACACGACCCUCACAGUCAAGGGCAGGAGGCAGGCUCCUCCGAGGCCGAAGAGCAAGUGGACGGCCCCCUGUCCACCCCUCUGUCAGAGGGCCCCAGCCCCAUCCUGCCCAUCACCCAGCCCCCCAACCCCAACAUCAGCAGCCUGAGAUCCCGCAUCAUCACGCGGAGCUACAGCAUUGAUAAGUCACCAGGCUCCAGCAAUGCAGCGUCCCCCAACUCCCAGAGGAAGGACAUCAAUCGAUCAGAGUCGCUCCGUGUCGUGUCCAACCAGACACACCGCAUCUUCCGCCCAUCUGACCUCAUACAUGGAGAGGUGCUGGGGAAGGGCUGCUUUGGACAGGCCAUCAAGGUGACCCACAAGGAGACAGGGGAGGUGAUGGUGAUGAAAGAGCUGAUUCGCUUUGAUGACGAGACACAGAGAACAUUCCUGAAGGAGGUGAAGGUCAUGCGUUGCCUCGAUCAUCCCAACGUGCUCAAGUUCAUUGGAGUCCUCUACAAGGACAAGAGGCUCAACUUCAUCGCAGAGUACAUAAAGGGAGGCACCUUGAGGGAAAUCAUCAAGAAAAUGGACAGCAACUAUCCCUGGAACCAGCGGGUCAGUUUUGCCAAGGACAUAGCUGCUGGGAUGACAUAUCUGCAUUCCAUGAACAUAAUCCACCGGGACCUGAACUCACACAACUGUCUAGUCCGAGAGAACAACACAGUGGUGGUGGCAGACUUUGGGCUGUCUCGGCUCAUGGUGGACGACAAGCACGAGGAGAAGUUGUCACAGGGUAAACUGCCCGGCCUGAAGAGGCCCGACCGUAGAAAGAGGUACACCGUGGUGGGAAACCCCUACUGGAUGGCUCCUGAGAUGAUCCACGGGAAGAGCUAUGAUGAGAGAGUAGACAUCUUUUCCUUUGGUAUCAUGCUCUGCGAGAUAAUUGGCAGGGUGAACGCAGACCCAGACUACCUCCCCAGGGCGAUGGACUUUGGACUGAACGUGUCUGGUUUCCUGGAGCACUACUGUCCCCCAAAUUGUCCCCCCGCCUUCUUCCCCAUGGCUGCUGUGUGCUGUGACCUUGAUGCAGACAAACGGCCUGCUUUCUCCAAACUGGAUGAGUGGCUGGAGAACCUGAAGAUGCACUUGGACAUUGGUCUACCCCUGGUGUCUGAAGUAGACCAGCUACACAAGGCCUUCUGGGAGAACCACAGCUCCACUCGCCCUGAAAACGGCCUGCACACCCACCCCGAACAGCCGGAGUAGGGCCGAACACAACUGGAGGAGUGGGAAAUUAGAGUUAACCCCACAAGGGCAGCGAUCGCCUGCCUCAGGCGGUGCAGUGGCUGGAGGAGUCGUUUAAAUACUCCUCCAUGUUUGAAGCAGACAGAUGCUGCUGUGUAGGCUGGCUCAGGCUCAACGAGUAGACUCAGGGGGAAAACGUGGAUCUGAAAAGCCACCUGUGCAAGAUGCACACACACACACACACACACACACACACACAUUCAAAGUCAAAUCAAGAGACAUUAACUAUGAUAGCUUGAUUCUGCUGCACCCGAAGCUAAAGUGGAACAUGUCAUAUGCAAUCAGACUCUACUUUCAAAUUAACAUUAGUGGUCAUUCCAUUCAAGAAUACUUACUGUACUUACUGUAGUGUGGAUAUUCAUGCGGAUGAAGUAGUCCAGAAAACAAGUCAUAAGGCAAAAACCUCCUUACUUUGGGCCUCUACAGAGUACAUUGUGCAGUAUGUGUAUGCAGGUGUUCCUGUGUGAGUUUGGUUUGAUUUUGCUUUUGGUUUGGAUAUCAAAACUGAACUUGUGAAAAAUGCAAAGGAGAGGGGCCUGUCUGUCAGUUAAGACACAAAGGUUGAGUUCAACUUGCUGUCCACUUGUACAAGUCAAACAAAACCUUUCAAGCUUUAAAAUAGUUCACUGCAGAGUGCAUGACUGUAAAUAAUGCUGUCAGCUCACCACCGUGGUUCAUCAUGUCCCUCUGACCUCGUUUGGUCAUAAACUACUCGACCUAAAUGUGUCUGUGGUGCCGCCCCUCUCCCUCAGUUAUUGUGUAGCACUGACUUAACAUUGAGGUACACAUCUUUUGCAUAAAUUUAGUACGUUGUCUCCCGAUUUUAAGAGCUGUUAGCGUAUCUCAUUCAUAUUAACGUGGCAUCUUAUACAUUCAAACACGUACCAGUUUACAUAGCUGGCGACAUUGUAAAUGUUUUAAAUAUUGUAAAUGUACAGACAUAUUUUAUAUACAUAUGCUACAUUGCCAUAUUUUUAUUGGCCGACCAGUUGAAAUUAGAGAGUUAAAGUUUGACUGCAGUUAAUAGGGCACAGCCGAAAGCUUUAUUGGGGUUUUUUUUCCUACAUUGUCACCACUGUGGCAAGUGAGGGGCUUUUUAGCAUUUUAGAUAAGAGGAAUCUUAUCACCACAAAAUAUCUUACCCACACUCUGUUCAAGCUCAGUAAAUGUUACAUUCUGUCAUUUCCCUCCAUCCAGAAAGUAUUUGAUUGGUCAUCUUGGAGUUUUCAUGUACCCAUAGAGGUAAACGUACUUGUAAUACUGGAUUAUCUAAUCACUCAACUCUAAUUAUAUGUGAUUUGAGAAUUUUAAGGGGCAAUCGAUCUGUUGUUAAUUAUUCACUCGUCACAUGUACUGUACAGUAGUUCAGGCGUGUGAAAAAUAUCACCAGGUACUGCCUCAUCACGUCAGCUGUCUGUUCACAUAUUUGUCUCUCCUCCGGUGGAUGACCCACUGUUUGUUUACAUGUAAAUGCUAGCUGUAAAUAUCACUGUAUGUAUGCGUCUCUCCUUACUUCUGUCUGCGUGCAUUCCAUAAAUAUGCGCACUCCUCAGAAAUAAUCUCUUCCACUGUCGAAUUUCUCUCUUGCACCUUCUAACAUACAUUUUCUGUCUCUGGUCUAAAAAAUCUUUUUUUUUUAUUUGCUGUUGUUUUUACAAGCUGCAUGAUGUACUAGCUAGGUCUGUUCAGCUUCUGAAUCGAGCUGUUUUUGUCUCAAAAUUAUGUAAUUUUAAAUAAGAAAAACAAAUAAUGAAAGACAAAAAAAGUCAACAGAGAAAGCCAGGCUAAAAAGGAAAUGAGGAAAAAAAAACACAGCAUCUGUUUUUUUAUAUAUCACCACUGAAAUCUUUUUGUAUAGAUUUGAGUACUUUAAUUUGCACUAUAUUACCAAAUGGCUGGUUGAAGCCAUGCUUGUUAAUUUCCUCUCUUGGGCUAACUUGUGAUAAGGAAAUAAAUUAUGUCGGUUCAGGUUGAUAAAUGAAUGCAAGACACUGAUAGAGCCUUUCAACUGUAAAAUGGGAUCUGGGAAAUUCAUCCUCUUGAUAGCAAACUGGACCUGCGUGAGGAUUAGUGACGUUUCAGAUUAUUUAGAUGCGUUUUUUUGCAUGGUUCAACUUUUAAAUACAGUUUCGGCAGGAGCCUGUUCAAUCCCUCUGUGAUCUUAUUUUAAGUAAAGUCAUAUCUGUAGAAAUAGUGGCUAUAUUUUCAUUUUUAAGCCUUUGGCAGAAGUCUCCAAAAUUUCAUAAAGUACCAUUAUGUCCACUUUGAAAGUUUUCUGGAGUUUGCUACCAAGAGGAUGUGAUGUCCCAGCUCUGCUUGCUGCCUACAGACUGGUCCUUUGUGAAUGACAUUCUGUGUUGUUUCUGACUGCUUGGUUUCGUAUGUGAUGCCUACAGAGGCUGCAACCACUGCUGGUCUUUCUGAUAAUAGAGCACUUAAACUGGCCUGUCUCACCUCUCACCUCCUCAUCAUACUCUUUUGGCUCAGGGCCGCAAUUUUCUGGAGCUUUCUUCACAAUUCAGUUAAUUCAGCAGCUUAAUAGCAAAGCAGCAUUCAACAGUAACAGUGAGACUCAAAGAGCAUGUAACCUUCUGUCAAUGUAUAGGCUGAUAACACAAAAUAUGCUUCUGUAAAACAAGCCCCCUCCUGGUUGAUGUGUUCGUCCGUGGGCAUGUACUGUACAUGAGUGGCUUUGCCAUGUUUCUGUCUCCAUUUCUGUCUGAGCCAUGUCGAGCAUGUUAGGUGUGUGUGAGGGCGUGUUGAUGAUCAAUGAGAAUGUCGCCGCAGCACUUCUUUGCAAAGGAUCGUUACCUCUGAACAAUGCUGUGCCUUUGUUGUAAGCUAGCCUUGCCAACGACUCGAAAACGUGAACUGAUUUCCUUUUUUAUGUAUCAUAAGUGCAAGCCUGAUUCAAGUGGAUUGAAUAUCAUUGCUGAUACGAUGUUGUAUGAGAUUCCAUCAUGUUCUGUAUCAUAUUUAUAUUUUCCAGAUCUCCCAUUGUUAGUUUUGAUAUUUUAAUAUUAUAUUUCUUUUUUUGUUUUGUUUUGUUUUUGGUCUUAUUUAAUUUUUUACACAAGCUGUGAAAACAAUUCUGCACUUUAAUCCUGAACGUGAACAUUUAGACUCUGAGGAGGCAACUGUUUUUUUUUUCUUUUUUGUCACAGCUAAAAAUAAAACUGUUGCUUCUAAAACAAA